AUGAAUAUUGACGACAACACUGAUCUCUAUCAAAGAAACAAAACAACUCUUGAGUUUAUUGAAGAUGUCACCUCAAACCCGGACCAAGUCCAGCAACGAAUCCUCUCCGAUAUCCUAAUGAAAAAUGCAAAUGUUGAAUACCUUAAACGCCACGGUCUUUUUGGGCACACAGAUCGCGACACCUUCAAGAAGCUAAUACCCGUUAUCACUUAUGAUGACCUCCAACCUGAUAUCACUCGUAUCGCCAAUGGCGACAAGUCCCCGAUUCUUUCAUCUAAACCCAUUUCGGAACUUUUAAUUAGUUCUGGGACGUCAGGUGGGGAGUCGAAACUCUUGCCAACGAUUGAAGACGACCAUGAAAGAAGAUCAUUACUAUAUUGCCUUACAAUGCCGGUUAUGAACCAGUUUGUGCCGGGUUUAGAUAAGGGGAAAGGGAUGUAUUUUAUGUUUAUUAGAUCCAAAUCCAAGACUCCCGGAGGGCUAGUAGCCCAACCCGUUAUGACCAGUUACUUUAAAAGCUCUCAUUAUUCUAAUCAAAGACAAUACGACCCGUAUGCAAACUACACCAGCCCGAACGAAACCAUUCUCUGUCCUGAUUCUUUCCAAAGCAUGUAUUCCCAAAUGCUUUCUGGGCUUUGUCUCAAUGAACAAGUUCUUCGGGUUGGGUCUGUUUUUGCUACUGGAUUCCUUCGUGCUAUCCGGUUUUUAGAGAAAAACUGGACCCUUUUGUGUCAUGAUAUCCGAACUGGAGUUUUAAAUCCCAACAUAAAUGACCCGUCUGUUAGUGAAGCCGUGGGUCGGAUCUUGAAGCCCGACCCAAAGUUAGCUGAGUUUAUCGAGCAUGAGUGCUCUAAAAAUUCAUGGCAGGGGAUCAUAAAGAGGAUAUGGCCUAAUACCAAGUAUAUUGAUGUCAUAGUUACUGGGAGUAUGUCACAAUACAUACCAACUCUUGACUACUAUGGCAAUGGUCUUCCUGUUGUUAGCAGCAAAUAUGCUUCGUCUGAAUGUCCUUUUGGGGUUAACCUUGACCCUCUUUGUAAGCCUAGUGAAGUGUCAUACACCCUUAUUCCAAACAUGGCCUAUUUCGAGUUCCUUCCUGUUCAUCGCAACAAUGAUAUUGAUGAUGUCAUGAAUAGUUCAUCAAUCUCGAAAUCACAACAAAACUUGGUUGAUCUUGCGGAUGUUAAACUUGGUCAAGAGUACGAGCUCGUUGUCACCACUUAUGCGGGACUAUAUAGGUAUAGAGUUGGUGAUUUGUUGAGAGUUGCCGGUUUCAAGAACAAAGCCCCUCAAUUCAACUUCAUACGUCGAAAGAAUGUGGCCUUAAGUAUCGAUGCUGAUAAAACCGAUGAAGGCGAGUUACAGAAAGCAGUCGAGAAUGCUGUGAUUCAUUUGAUUCCAUAUGAUGUCACCUUGACCGAGUACACAAGCUAUGCGGACACAACUACGAUCCCAGGCCACUAUGUAAUCUUUUGGGAGCUAAGCGUGAAUGGAUCCACCCCGAUUCCACCAUCAGUGUUCCAAGACUGUUGUCUAGCUUUCGAAGAAUCACUCAACACGGUUUAUAGGCAAUUACGUGAUUCAGAUGAAUCAAUCGGGCCGUUAGAAAUAAAGAUUGUACAAACCGGGACAUUUGAUAAGCUUAUGGACUACGCCAUCGGUUUAGGUGCAUCAAUUAACCAAUACAAGACACCACGAUGCGUGAAGUUUGCACCGAUCAUGGAGCUAUUGAAUUCGAGGGUUGUGUCGAGUUACAUUAGCCCAAAGUGCCCGAAAUGGACUCCGGGACAUAAGCAAUGGGGCAAUGUCAAUUAG